AUGGCCGGCCGCGCUGAACGCUGGGACCGCGACCGCUUCAGGUACGAGCGGGAACGUGACCGCGGCUACCCUGACGACCGCGCCCCUCGCUUCCCUGAUGAGCGAAGCCGCUUCGAGGAGCGUGACGAUUACCACCCCCCGCCCCGCCGUGGUAGAGACCACUCGGAUGAGCGCUUCGACCGAGGCCCCUAUGACCGUGGACAUCGUGGCGGCUUCGACGACGACAUUGUGAGAGACCGGCGCUAUGUUGAAGAGGAUCGCUACGGCCCUCGCCGAGGAGAACCGCUGGACCGCGAGUUUGACCGUCGCUUGUUCUUCGAGAAGGAGCCUAUUCCUCAGCGCGAAUUCCGCGAGCCCUCUCCGGUCCGCCGCCCGACCAUGGUUCGCCGCCAGUCCUCUCUGGACACCUUUGAUCGCCGCCCACUCCGCUUCUAUGAGCGUGAGGAGUACCCUCCGCCAGCCCGCCGAGAGGAUGUCCACCCUCGCGACCCUCGCGACGACUACCGGGCACCCCCAUACGUUCCGAUCCCUCUGCCCCGCACCCGGCAGCUGGGCCCUGCACCUUCCCAACGCUACGACGAGAUCCAGAUUGCCGAGCCGGGCUACUAUGGCGAUGAGGAGUUCCGCGGCAUGCCCGAGCGAGUAAAAGAGCGCGAGGUUGUCACGUCGCGCCGCCGCAGAGACCGCAGCCGGGAGUCCAGAGUAUCGAGAUCUACCAGAAAGAGCUCUCACCGAAGCAGCUCGAGAUCGAGCAGCACUUCCAGCAGGACAACGAGCAGUAGCAGAAGCGCCACGACCAUUCGCAGCGCAUACCCCAAGAAGGGAAAGACCCGCAUCCCAGCCCGCCUGGUCUCCAAGCGAGCUCUCAUUGACUUGGGAUACCCCUACAUCGAAGAGGGCAACACUGUUAUUGUUCUGAAGGCUCUUGGCCAGGAGAACAUUGACGAACUGCUGAAGCUCAGUGAGGAGUACAAGCAAAGUGAGCUCGAGGUUGCCGCCGCUCGCUCUUCGGCUGCCCAUCUUGUAGAAGAGCGCCACGAGGAGAUUUACACCAUUCCUCCACCAGCGGCAGCCCUCCCGCCGCCGCCUCCUCCGGUCGCUGCAGCCCCUCCACCGCCCCCCGCCUCGGUUGCGCCGCCUCCCGCGCCGCCUACCGUAGUCGCUGCUCCACCCCCCGCUCCCACUGUCUAUGAAGCGGCGCCCCCGCCUCCUCCAUUGGAGGUUGUCAACAAGACGACCAUCAUUCGCGACGUCUCUCCUGCUCGCAGCAGCACGUCUUACACGACGUCCACGGCGCCAACCAUCUACGAGCGCCGCGAGUACAGCGAGGAAGUGCCCAUUGGGCCUAUGGCCGUCGCAGAGCGCCGACGCAGCCGCUCCCGCUCGCGCAAGGACAUCAGAUCCGAAAUCAAGGCGCUCGAAGCCCAGCUUCACGAACGCAAGCGCCACGGAAACCGCGAACUUAUCCGCGCGGAGCAAAUGCCCGACGGCGCUGUUGUCCUGUUCGAGGAGAAGGUCGAGAAGGUCGAGGAGCCGCGGCGCGGGGUGCGAAUUGAGAAGGACAAGAAAGGUAGGAUGGCCAUCAGCGUACCAAAGUACUACUAA